AUGAGAAUUAACAUAUUAAGCAGUAUUAUUUUCAUUUUAUUGGCGAACGACGCACGCGCAGAUGUGCAGACGAUACAAAACAGUUUAAUUACGACUUACGAUCCUGGGGCACCUUCGGCAGUUGGACCUAAUUAUGGACGAAUUAGCCGCAGUGAUAAACCACCAGACCGACCCAUCAAAUUCGAAGAUAGUACUAAAGAACAAGAACAAAUUGAUAUAGAUAAAGUUGACCCAAGUUUACUUCUAGCAGAUGUAUCAUUUGAUAAUGAAGAAGACCUUAAUAAUAAUGACCGCAUUUCUAACAACGGAAGACAUGAUAGUGAAAAUACAGAUAAAAAGAUUAAAUUUGAAGAGAAUGAUGAUAUUAAUGAUGAUGCUGAUGAUGCAGACAAUGAUCAAGAAGAUGAUGAUUCUCCGAGAGGAACAAGUCAAGUAGUAUUUGAAGAUGACGGUCAAAAUGAAAAUGAUUCUCCAUACGCUGAUGAUUCUGAGAGAGAAGAAGAAACAGUUGAUAAACCGAUUAAAUUUGAAAAUCAAGAGUCUAACACCAAUACUAAAAACCAAGAAAUUGUUACUGAACGAGUAGCUUUCAUAGAUGAUAGUAAUCAGAAGCGAGAACCAGUGCGAAAGAAAACUAGAAAAUCUAGAAGACCUCGAUACCAAACAAAGCAACCCAAUCAAGCUCCAACAGGACCAAAUCCACCUUAUCCUGGUUACCCAAGUUAUCCAGGAGCAGGGUACCCCAGUCCUGGCUAUCCAGUCCCUAGUGACCCAAAUACCGGAUACCCAGGUUACCCUUUACCGGCUUAUCCAACUCCGGGCUAUCCUUAUCCUGGUUAUCCCACUCCGUACCCAGGAGCACCACUUCCAACUCCUCUAUAUCCAGGUGGAGCAUUUCCAACUCCUGCAUAUCCUGGGUAUCCAACUCCUGCAUAUCCAGCCUAUCAUUAUCCACCAAUCAAUCCAGGGUAUGGUGGACAUCCGCCGCUAGGAUAUCAGCCUCAAUAUCCAGAAAAUCAAAGACCUCAAUCAAAUCCUAUAGCCUACCCAACUCCUGCUACAGGAGACCAAAGUGGACAACCUGAUUCGAGAUAUCCCACUGCAGAAUAUUCUAACCUUGGAUCAUCAAUUGGACCGUCACAAAAUGGACAACUAGGAUUCCCAAAUCCUACUCCAGAUUAUCCGUACUACCAGGGUUAUUCAGUUCCUGGAUUUGCUCAAGGCUACCCAGGUGAUGCUAAUGGGCAUCAGCCUGGCUAUAGACCAGGGUAUGGGUAUCUUGGAGUUAACCAGCCUGGAUACCAAAAUGGAAAUGGAAGACCGUCUCGCCGCCCGAAGUCGUUGACCCAGCGAGCAGUGUCAGCAGUAGCCGAAGCCUUGACCUCGAUAGCAUUGUAUGAUGACCAGCAGUGCGUGCCCAAGAUACUCUGUGAAGUGGCUGGAGGUAGCAAAGCGGUGUCAUCACCAGCACUCCUCAAGGCGACUGAGAGUUUGCAGCCUUUGUUAACGUUGCUUGCUGCAUAUAACGGGCUUAGUUCAUCUCCUCUCUUCUUGUUCGGUCGGGCUGCUGUCACAGGAAUGACUGCAAAAGGCGAUCCUUCGGCUUGCCAGCGCACUUAUCCACAAUGUCCAACUGACCCUGAAAAACUGGUUCACUAUCUCAACAACCACAAUGGAGGUUUCUUCAGAUUCUUCGGGCAACCAGAACAGUCCCAGCAACCACAGAACUUAGAACAAUUCUACAAUUACUUAUCUGGUCAAUAUGGUUUACAGCAACAAUCACAACUACAACAAAAUUACGGAUUUCUAAGACCGUACGGUCAAGGUUAUGGAUACCCUAAUCAGAGUCCUUACACUAAUCCCCAAAACUAUGCUCAAAAUUAUUAUCAACAAAAUAGAUACAGAAAUGGAAAAGAAGAAACUGCGGAAAGUGAAAUACAGGAGCGUAUACAAAACAAACCAGCAAUUAAUGUCUUAGAAGAUGAAAACGAUCAAGGUAUUAAUGCUAGUCAAGAUAAUGGGUCCAAAUGGUCUUUCCCUGAAGAUGUUAAUGCGAAAAAGGGUUAUAAAAGAGAGCAAAUUAGGAUACACAAAGAAAUAGAAAGACCUACAAGAGGAAGUAAAACACUAAAAUUCCCUGACGACAGAUCAGAUGAUAGAAGAGAAAUAUUUAGAAUAAAACAUUUUCCAAGAGCAGAAAAGCAAGUAUACUUUCCUGGACAUAACAAUUUUCAAUUAUAUCCCAACUACCAAUCUACUACACCGGUCAGUUUAGAGGAAUAUGUUUUUGACCAUAAACAUAAUUUCUACGUGAAAAGACCUAAAGCUAUGAAAGUGGAAGAUGUGAAGGUGGUGUAUGUUGUGAGAGGGAACGGAGAUCCUAAUCAUCCAGAAGUCGUCAGAAUAAGACCUGGACAGAGUAUUACGAAAUGA